UUAACACAUUCGGAUAGGAUGGUGCGCUUCAGUUGCUGAUAACCCGGGCUCGAAUUUGGCAGCAAACACGCCCGUUCGUGAGUGGGCAUGUGAUCAUGCUAAACGGUUGCGCGGUGGAGGUGGAACUGAUCAAUAUCAUCCUCUCAGGCGACAGUGCGCGAUCGUGCUUGCGGCCGUACCAAGCAGACAGUGCGGAACGAUUGAUCGGAUCCGGAAUGCAGGUGAUACUAGUACACUCCCUGUCCGGUGUGCGUGUGUGCGUGUGUGUUUGAGCAGGACUUCCCCGGCAAGUGACGGUUACGCGUUGCGCGACCAUAACCAUGCUAAACGCAAGCACCGUGCAGCCUCCGCUGGCGGAUGCCCGUGUCGCUAUGGAGGCGGACGGUGGUGCCCUGAAUCUGACCGAAACGGAGGUGGUGAUGGAACUGAUUGGCAACUUUCUCAACUUCUACUAUAUGCCGCUGCUGGUGGUGGUCGGCAGCAUCGGGAACAUUCUGUCCGUGCUGGUAUUCUUCAACACGAAGCUGAAGAAGCUGUCCUCCUCGUACUAUCUGGCCGCGCUGGGCAUCAGCGACACGUGCUACCUGGUCGGGCUGUUUGUCACCUGGCUUAGCUUCUUUCAGGUACACAUCUACACGCGCGAACCGUACUGCCAGCUGUUUACGUACACGAGCGGGGUGAGCAGCUUCCUGUCCGUCUGGUACGUGGUGGCCUUCACGUUCGAGCGGUUCAUCGUCGUGCGGUAUCCGCUCAAGCGCCAGAGUUGGUGUACGGUCCGGCGGGCGAAAACUAUCAUCGCCUGUCUCACGAUGGUCGGCAGUGUACACAGCGUGCCGUACAUCUUCUACGCCGGCACCCAGUACUCCGAGCGCAGCAAUGUCACCAUCUGCGAUAUGCGAAAGGAGUACACGUCACAAAUGGAAAUUUUCAACUACAUCGAUACGGUGAUCGUUUUUGUCGUACCGUUCACCAUAAUUGUCGUCCUCAACUCGGUCACCAGCUUCACCGUGUGGCGCUUUGCCGGACUGCGCCGUAACAUGACCCUGCCGAAAAGGAAACCAUCGAAUUUAGAAAUCCGGCGACAGCUGAGCUUCCAAUACUUUUCGACCCAUCCCAACGGCCGCAAUGGCAUUCUGAGGAGAUCUAGCAUGAGAGAGAACCGGAUGCUGCACUCUCAGAUGAAGGUCACCAAAAUGCUGCUCAUCGUGUCCUCGGUGUUUGUUUGCCUCAAUCUGCCGAGCUACGUCAUGCGCGUCCGUGCAUUCGUGGAGACGGGCCAUUCGUAUCUCACCAUACUGGUGCAGUACUAUUGCUAUCUCUUUUUCAUCACCAACUUUGGCAUCAACUUUAUUCUAUAUUGUAUUAGUGGACAAAACUUUAGGAAAGCUGUGAUAGAAAUGUUCCGCCGACAUCGCAAGAGCCGGGUGAACCAGGAACCGAACAGCGGUUGCGGUACUCAAUCAGAGCUGUUGCGAGCAUACGGCAACUUAGCCCUGAGACGUACCAGCACUCCGAUGUUGUCUACCACAACCACUACCACCACGAACCGUACAGCGGAAACGAUAUUGUGGAAGGAUUAUGCCGACGCACCGGUUAUGAACCUGCCCUGAUUCUUCGAGCUGCCGCAAAAACUUCAAAUGAUGUAAAGACCUAGCUAGGGACGGACAAAUUCAUAUCGGUUUCCAAGCUUACGAAGGAAGGGAAGUGGUAUAUUUUAGCAGAGUAGCAUAUUUUUUAUCAAGAUAAGCAUUUUACGAGACGAAAUAAUUCAACAAUGUGUGUACCUUCUGUACUGAGACAGUGAUUGCAUGCAUGUGACAGUAUUAUGUACAUCGCUCCCAACAGGAACAACAAUAUUUGUGCAUCUCAAAACUACACUGAAUAGUUAGGCGGAAUGUCACCUAUUAUUGGGAGGAAAUGUGUUAGCAAACAGCACUGUGUUGCUUUCUGUGUGAACGAUGAUAUCGAUGGGAAUAAACAGAGUGUGUGGUCUACUUUUUACUGAAACAUGAAAACUCGAUGAACUUGAAAGGAAAAUGAUCCGAAA